ACACACACACACACACACACACACACACACACACACACACACACACACACAUCAUGCACGCAAGCUCAAAUUGGCAGUGCGAGACACACACACUCACCUAAACACUUUAGCUCACACACACACACUCACAGUCGUGUAUUUAGGGGACUCACUGACUGAGUCACCGCACACUCAGAUAGGCAGAAUCACUGACUCACACACACUGACACACACACACGAGGGGAAAGGUUGCCUGACAGGACACUGUGUUGUUUGUGUAUCAUGGGCCAAGUCCAGCAGCAGCUGUGCAGAAGAGUUGCACACCUCUGAGGGGGUCACUGUCGUAAACCACAACCUGCCUCCGAUCCUCUCUCCUCCUCGGCUUUCCCCCCGUCUUCUAACAUCAUGUCUGAGCUGAGGACCAGCAGGACGUGGCCUUCCUCGUUCCUCUCCUCCCCCCUUGGAUUCCCAUCCCUCCUCCUCUCGCUGUUCUUUUACCUCUCCAUUCAGCUGACCCCCUUGUUAGCCCAGCAGACUGUGCCUGUCAUUUCGACAGCGCAGGGCAGAAUCCGAGGCAUCCUGACCCCCCUGCCCUCGGACCUCCUUGGGCCCGUCAUCCAGUACCUGGGAGUACCGUACGCCAGGCCCCCGACUGGUGAUCGGCGCUUCCAGCCACCGGAGCCUCCACUGCCAUGGCCCGGAAUACGAAAUGUGACGCAGUUUGCUCCCGUGUGCCCACAGUCGCUGGAUGAGAGGAGCAUGCUGGGAGACAUGAUGCCCUCCUGGCUCACUGCGAACCUGGAUAUAGCAGCGACUUACCUCACUCACCAGAGCGAGGAUUGCCUCUACCUCAACAUCUACGUGCCCACCGAGGAAGAUAUCCAUGAGGAGGGGGGUCAGCGGCCGGUGAUGGUCUACGUCCAUGGAGGCUCUUAUUCUGAAGGCACUGGGAACAUGAUGGAUGGAAGCGUGUUGGCAAGCUAUGGCAACGUCAUUGUCAUAACCCUCAACUAUCGAUUAGGAGUUUUAG